AUGUUGGUAGACUCUGAACUAGUUAGUACUGAAGAAGCUCUCGAGAAGAAAGUGUGGUUGAAAUCCAUGAAAGAAAAACUUGAGGCUAUACAAAUAAACAAGACUUGGGAGUUGACUGAGCUUCCGAAGAACAAGAAAACCAUCAGUGUGAGAUGGGUUUACAAGUUGAAACUGAAUCCAAAGGGAUCAAUUGGAAAACACAAAACUGUCAUACCCCAAUUUUGUCCGGCAACAUUUGGAGUCGAUGCUGUUCAGGUUCUUGCUACGAUUUUAACUUUGUGGUUAGCAGACAAAUCUGGUCGCCGACUUUUACUUAUUGUUUCUUCAUCUGCAAUGGCUUUGAGUCUUUUGGUUGUUUCAAUAUCAUUCUACUUGAAGGAAUAUAUAUCACCAGAUUCUGAUUUAUAUGCGACAUUGAGCCUCGUAUCGGUGGCUGGAGUUGUGGUCAUGGUUAUUGCAUUCUCUCUGGGAUUAGGAGCAAUGCCAUGGAUUAUAAUGUCUGAGAUUCUUCCGAUUAACAUCAAAGGCCUAGCUGGAAGUUUUGCAACACUUGCCAAUUGGUUCUUUUCCUGGUUGGUUACAUUAACAACAAAUUUGCUCUUGGAUUGGAGUUCGGGAGUUUUGAGUGUUCAAAGUCUUGCAACGAAAUUCUUAUAUCUUCAACUUCAAUUGAGUUCAAAUCUUGAUAACGAGAGUUUUAUAAUUGAUUUAAGGAGGCGCGUCUUUGAAACUAAUCGUUCUUGA